GUCCAUCCCCUUAACAGCGGUAUAAAGAGGCGGGGUUGGAUCACCGGCUUUACAGUCCAGCAGUCACAGCUAUACUCUGAACUUUUGAAACCAUCUGAAUAACCAUGGUCGCACAGUGGGAGCCCGGAACCCAAUACAACCUCGGCGAUGUCGUGGUAUACGAAGGUGCCCAAUAUAAGAUCAUUCAGCCUCACCGCUCGCAGUCCGACUGGACGCCUCCCGUCACCCCGGCCCUUUGGGGCCGUCUUCCGGAGUCUGCUUGGGUAGGAGACCAGCAGCAGCAGCAACAGCCACCUCCGACCUACAACCAAGGCGGUGACCAGAAGCCCUGGAACGAGCAAUCUUCCCAACAGGUUCACAUUGACCACGAGGAGCGGAAAAAGAACUGGUUUGAUCUGGAUGAUGACCGCAAGAAGCAGCUGGAGAUUGGAGGUGGCUUGUUGGGAGGUCUUGCCGCCCUUGGUGCCGGUUACUUCGCGUACAAGGAGCACGAAAAGAGCGAGGAAGAGAAAAAGGCGCAAGUUUGGGCUUUCCAGAACUGGCUGCACGAUGCCCAGGCUCGUACCGAGGAGUACCAUCGGAAUGGCCCCCGCGGUCCUGCUACUUGGAUUCUGAAUCACGGUCGGAACAUACCUCAGAACGCCAUCGCCGGCGGUGAGGAGCACGGUGAGCCCUUAUAUAUUGCGCGGGCUUACUAUGAGGGCGGCAUCAUGGUGGGCAAGGCGUCUGCCCGUCUCAAGAAGGGUGCGGCCAUCGGGUUCAAGCAUGACGAGAUCGACGUUGAGACGUUCGAGAUCCUCAUCGGCGACAUGCGUGGCCUGCGUUGGGUAGACACCUCUGGUCAUCUCGAUGUUCAAUCCCUGGGUGCCACUCCGGUCGAGGGUGGCCGAGAGUCUGACGGAAGUCCUAUCUACAUCGCUCAGGCACCUCACCAUGGAGGUAUCCACCCGGGCAAGGCGAGUGCUGUUCUUGACGGUGCAUACAUUCCUUAUGAUGGAACCGAGAAGAAAGUCAAGGAAUACCGCGUACUGUGCUAUGCCUAGACAGUCCGCAACUAGGGGCGGAAUAACAUUGCGUAACGGGAUUCAGAGUUGUACCCUACAAGUCCAGCGGAAGUCAAAUGAAAGAAGUAGCAUGUCAUCGAUUAAGAGAAUUAGCUUGCUAGUGCUGGUUUAUCUCUUACUGAUUUACAAACCGCGUAAGUGCUGGGGUCCAGGGAGAAUAUAAGAAAUGCAGCCGGCGUGAAGAUCUCAAUAUUAGUGGC